GCAUGCAAAGACAUAAUUUCGGGACAGAUACAGAAAAUGACUGUUGAUUUGCACUAUCUAUCGAUUUAGUGUAACGAGAGUUACAUUAUCGAUAAUAGUAAAACGAGGUAAAUCGACUUUAAAUUUGAAAUAGAUUGUUUACAUUCGCCGAAAUAUCAACGCUCGUCCUUGCCUAUCUACAUAUACUUUAUACUUCUGUGUCAGGUAUUUAUAAAUUGUCAGGCUGUGUUCACCGUUUAAUUCAUGUUUGUAACUGAGAACGUUCUGACAUCGAGCCAAAAUGCCAGGGACGAGAAUUAGAGUGGCGUUUCUUAAGCUGCUACUCACUGCUGGUCUGAUAUUCGCCGUCCCAAGUAACAUCAGGAAAUAUAAAGAAAACUGUUUGCUCGAUGUACUCGACUAUCGUUUAUCAUCAGAAGUAGUACCUCGACAUUAUAAUCUUAAUAUCAUGCUUAAAGAGAAAGAAAAUGGCUUUGAUGGCGAGAGUAAUAUAAUCAUCGAGAUAAUUCAUGAAACCGCGAACAUUACUUUCCAUGCUUAUGACUUGAAUAUAUACUCGAACACAAUUAUGCUUUACAAACAUGAAUUAAAUGAUAAAAAUACGACCCUAUGGUCGUAUAUAGAAUGGAAUGAAUAUAGUUAUUGCAGCAAAUCGCAGGUCUUUAUUCUUAUAUUCUACAAGAAAUUAUCUCCUGGGAUUUACACGUUAACCAUGAAGUACAAAGGCAUUCUGCAGAGUGACCAGGGCUUAGUUAUGAUUACAAAUCUACACUCGUUUUUUGGCAGCAAAUCGGUGUACAUAACAAUAUUCGAACAAACCGGUGCUCGACGCGUGUUUCCAUGCUGGGACGAGCCAAUGUUCAAGGCAACUUUCAACAUCUCCGUUGAGCAUUUAUCCCAUAUUUGGGCUUUCUCACAUAUGAGUAAGAAGGAAUCGUUCUCAACACCAAAGAAAUCGACGACGAAACUGACGGUUUUUAAAACUACACCCUUGAUGUCCACCUAUCUUGUAACAAUAGCGUUUAUGGAAUCAGUUCAAUAUCAACUGGAAGAUUACUCAAAAGAAAAUAUAGAAGUGUAUGCCAACUUUACAAUGGCAAAUUAUCUUACGGAAGUCCAAAACUUUGUUAACUUGACUAACUACUUUUUAACCGAUUAUACGAAUAACUUAUGGAAAAAUGAGAGAACUUACAUUCUAGGAUAUCCAAUGUUACCGAGUGCUGCUGUGGGAGCUUGGGGAUUUGCAGUUUUCAGAGACAAAGAUCUAAUAUAUAAACCGCAGUUGGACUUUUCUGGCCGCAAACUCGAAAUAUGGAAAACGAUAGCGAGUCAACUAACACAACAGGCAAUCGAGAGUUUCGUCACUCCAAUUAAAUGGUCUCACGAGUGGUUCAGUCAUGCUUUUGCGACAUAUUUCAAAUAUAAAAUCAUUAGAAAGGACUAUAAUAAGGAUAUCAUGAUGCAACUUUUUGUAGUGCAGGUUUUACAACCUGCUAUGCAUAACGAUAUUGCUCUCAAUGUACCAUCUGUCAUGGACGAUUAUGAUCCGUUUUAUUUUUCCUUGAUUUAUAAAAAAGCAUCCGUUUUGAUAAGAAUGAUGGAACAUAUCGCUACAGAGGAGGUAUUUCAGCAAGCCGUUGCCACGUACUUAAAGGAACUUGCAUAUAACUUCACCUCACUGAGCAAGUUCUUGAAAAUUCUGGAAUACGAAAUGAUCCCCUUACAAUACAAAUUUUAUUGUAACAUAAUCGAAAUAAUACAUAUUUGGCUGUCAAAAAGACACUAUCCAACAUUGUCUGUUCGACAAAUUGACAGUUAUACGAAGACAGUUGUCGUAUCUAAUGACACGCAAAACAAUGAAAAUGAAACUGAUUGGUUGAUACCAAUAACAUAUGUGAUACAGCCACAUCUUCUUUUCUCACAGAAUUUGCCUAUACUUUGGUUAAAUCAAAGCAAUAUUAUAUAUAUUUUCGGGGGUGACUUUCAAAACUGGGUUAUUUUAAACAUUCAACAUUUCGGCUACUAUCGCGUGAAUUACGAGGAGAAGAUCUGGAUAGAAAUCGCGAAGUACCUAGAUGAGGCUGAUUACACGAAGAUACAUGUCUUGAAUCGUGCUCAGAUCAUUGACGAUGCGUAUCAUUUUGUAAUGGAUAAUUCAUUAUAUUACGUGACCUUCUACAAGUUAAUCUCUUACUUAUGGAGAGAAACGAAUUUUAUACCAUGGCACUCUAUGAUGAAUGUCCUGCAAUAUAUGUCGCCUUUCUUCAACUACCCAGAGAGUGAUUAUUUCAAGAGUUUAAUAUUGGAUCGCAUGGAUAGUGUCUUGAAUACGAUUGGGUACAAUGAAAAUCCUAAGGACGAUGAAAUGUUGAAAGCGACACGAUUAUUACUCUUGAAUUGGGCGUGUAAACACAAUCAUAUUAAAUGCAGACAGAAUGCCGUUUUUAGUCUGUUAGCACACGUCAACAAAUCUAACAACGAUAAUUUCACUUUACCGGGAUGGAAAAGCUGGUUGUAUUGCGCGGGUCUGAUGAAUACGACGAGAGACCAGUUCAAUAAAAUUUUGCAUAAUAUCGUGUUAAAAAAUGAGGAUAUGUUACAAUAUAUAGUUUGUGCCGAAAAUGAUUUCGUGCUUCUGGACAUACUGCCAUCCGUCACAUUCAAACUAGAAGGUACAUGGACACGAUUAAAAAAUACGCAAUUAAUGGAAUUAUACCAUGGCCUUGUGAGGAAGCAUGCGAGAAAGCCUACAGUGCUGAAUUUUAUUUUAAAACAUUUCGAUGAAAUAGUGGGCAGACGCAUAACCAAGAUAGAUGCGAUGACUCACGUUGUUAUGAGCGUGUACUCCGAAUGCCAGCUUGACCAGAUAUUGAAAUACCUAUUUGAAGAAUCUGGAUGGCCCAGGCAAGAUGUGCUCGAAGUUGAACUUUUGAUAAAAUAUCGACGGAAACAGAUACAUAAAGAUAAGUAUGUAUUCGUGCCCAUUUUUCACGACGGAAAAGUUGCAGAUAAAUGUUCAUAUUUCUAUAAAUUGGACAGAUCAGAAAUAUUCGAAUUUUAACUGGUAUAAAUAAAUCUUAAU